CAUCAUGAUGACAUUUUCAAAAGAAAGAGAUGAACAUUUUCGUUGUUUUCAAAAAGAAGAAGAAGAAGAAGAAGAAGAAAACAGUGCUAGAGAUGGAUCUGUGAGAGGCUAAUCAAGUGGCCGUUUGUACAGCUGAAUUGUGGAUCUGGGUUAAAAAUGGGGGCGGCGGAGGAGAUAUCGAGUUCGAGCUCUGAUAAUGAUAAUUCGAAAAACAGUGAGACGCAGGUGGUUUUGAAUGUUUACGACCUCACCCCUCUAAACCAGUACACCUAUUGGUUCGGUUUUGGGAUCUUUCAUUCAGGCAUUGAAGUCCAUGGUAAGGAGUACGGAUUUGGAGCCCAUGACUUCCCUGUCAGUGGAGUUUUUGAAGUGGAACCAAGGAGCUGCCCUGGUUUUAUUUACAGAUGUUCCAUCCUUUUAGGCAGGAUAACUAUGCCUCCCUCUGAAUUCCGAACAUUCAUAGAGAGUGCUGCUUCUGAGUAUCAUGGAGAUACCUAUCACCUCAUCUCUAAGAAUUGCAACCAUUUUACAGAUGACAUCUCGUGUAGAUUGAUAGGCAAGCGUAUACCAGGAUGGGUGAAUCGACUUGCUCGGCUAGGUGCUCUCUGUAGUUGCCUGCUUCCUGAGAGCCUCCAAGUAACUACUGUUAAACAGCUACCUGAAUACAAUGAGCGCUUAGAAGAAGAUGGGAAUGAUUCUCUAGCAACCCCCACCCCCUACGAGUCAACAGAAAUUGAUGAUACUGAUCAAGAGAAGCACUUGCUGUCACCGAGUACUGGAAGUGGGGAUGUGGCUUUUGUUAAGGAGGCUCACAAAUGAAGUUGUCUUCUUGAUGAAGAGAGAAAAUUGCCUCAUAAAGUUGUUUGUGUGCUCGGAAUUCGGGUUAAGGAUGCCUCAACGUGGAAUUUGAUUAGAAGACGUGCUUUUGUUUAUUUGAAGAGGCUGAAAAUUAUGAGGCACCGAUUGAUGGUAUGCAAGCGGAAUACAUUGUUCAUCCAAUUGUUGCCACUCCAUUAAAUUCUGCGUUUGUUUUUCUUUUUUUAUUGUGUGUUCUUCCCACCCCACAACUUUUAUUCUUCUUCCAUCAUUUAUUAUAAAAACUAAAAUAGCUUUAUCGAAUAGAAUGGUGUUAUUCCCA